AUGUUCAAUUCAGACAGAACAAAGGAAGGGAACAUCUAUACAAGUUCAGAUAACAGAGAAAGUUCAUGGAACAAUUUUAACUCAUCUACGAAUGCGAUUUCUUUUGGGUUUGUUGCAACAUUAAUCUUGAUAUUAAUGUUUGUUAUCAUGGUUAUAGUUGAGCAUCUGUUUAGGCCAACAAACGCAUCUGAGGAUGACGCCAGAAGCCAAUCGGAUUCGACACAAAUGCAGAAACUUGGAGAUCAAGAAACAGUACAAACAUCAGACGCAUCAAAUUUCACAAUUUUAAUUAUGCCAGGACAGCAGUGUCCUACUUUCAUUGUUCAACCUGCUCCACUGCCUUGUCAAAGGGAAGCUGUCUCUUGGCCCUCCCAUUAA